AUGGCCGCCUCCACCCUGUCCGCCUGCUCCAGCAACCUGAGCUACGGCAGCCACUGGGACGACUGUCCAGAGAGCUGCUGCGAGCCCCCCUGCUGCGCCCCCAGCGGCUGCACCCCCGCGCCCCGCCUGGCCCUCGUCUGCACCCCGGCGAGCUGUGAGCCCAGCCCCUGCCUGUCAGGCUGCACCAGCUCCUGCACCUCCUCCCCCUGCCAGCCGGCCUGCUGUGUGCCCAUCUGCUGCAGGCCCGUCUGCUGCGAGGCCUGCCCCUGCUCGGCCGCCUCGUGCUGCCAGCCCAGCCCCUGCCCCUCGUCCUGCUGCAGACCCUCGUCCUCCGUGUCUCUCCUCUGCCGGCCCGUGUGCCGCCCCGCCCGCUGCAUGCCCGUCUCCUCCUGCGGGGCCCCCGCCUCCUGCUGCCAGCCCAGCUGCUGCCGCCCGGCCUCCUGCGUGUCCCUGCUCUGCCGCCCCACGUGCUCCCGCCCCGCCUGCUGCGUGCCCGCCUCGGCCUGCGAGUCCUGCUGCUGACCGGGCCCGUCCCCCCGGG